AUGAUGUUUCCCUGCAGCGCUCUGCCGCCUCCUCUCUACCCGGGCUUACUGCGUUCCCCUGCGGCUCUCUCCUCUCCUCUGACCCGGUCACUCCCCUCAGGCUUCCUCGUAGAAGAUCUUCUCCGAUUAAGCCAGCCCGUCAGCUACAUCCAUCGGACUUUCACUUCCAGAAGCCCUGGGGACAUUCUGCCGCUGAGCCCGGGGCAGAGCGCUUCUCCCCGGGCGUUGGGACCCAGCACAGAGCGGCCUGUGCUGCAGAGCUCCAGCCACCCGAGCUACAGCAGCCCCGGCUCUCCGCAGACUGUCUGCACGGACUCCGGGUACCUCAAGUUCGGCGUCAGUGCGAUACUGGCACCGUCCACACGGAGCGUCCAGAGUUUCCAGACCAAGUCCUUCCCUUUGCCUUUCUUUGACGGAAGCCUCCAUCCUUUCAUCAGAGCUUCCUAUUUCACAGCUUCCUCCUCUGUGGUUCCCAUCCCAGGAACGUUUUCAUGGCCCCUGGCCCCCAGAGGGAAGCCCAGGAGGGGCAUGCUGCGGCGGGCUGUGUUCUCAGACCUCCAGAGGAAGGCCCUGGAGAGAACUUUCCAGAAGCAGAAAUACAUCAGUAAACCAGAUCGGAAGAAACUUGCCAGUAAACUGGGCCUUAAAGACUCCCAGGUGAAGAUCUGGUUUCAGAACCGCAGGAUGAAAUGGAGGAACUCAAAGGAGAGGGAGCUGCUAUCGACCGGCGGAUGUCGCCAGCAGACCCUCCCCACCAAAACCAACCCCCACCCAGACCUUACCGAUGUAGGCAGCACCUACUGCCACAGGCUGGACAGGACUGCACCCACCAGCCAAGUACAGCUGGACAGCCAGGAGUCACAUCUUCACCACCAUCAUCAUCAUCACAGCCCUUCGUCUCCGUCAGAGUCCAGCAAACAGUCAGAGCUGUCAGAGUCCGACAGUGAAGAAAUCACAGUUUCAUAA